CUCCUUCCUUCUAAAUUUGUUUUUGCGGGUCAGUACAUACGAAGUUGCAAGUCGCCGUAGUCGCGCCGUCGCAUGCAAAGUGCAUUUAAACAAUUGCAGUGGAAUUUCGCUUUUAACACUCAAGUAAUUAUGAUGGAGAGUUCAAUAGAAAUUUAAAACGUUUUUAGCUAAGCUGACACGAUCAAGCAAAUAAAGCACAAAUAACCAGCAACGUUAAAAAAAGUGCUUACAUUGCCAAAAAAUACACAAAUAAAUAAAAGGUCCAAGUUAAAAAAUCAAAUAGCAACACAGCAACUUUUUCGCUAAAGUUCAUAUAUAUAUAUAUAUACAAACAAAAACAAAAAAGAAGUAAAAAUCUUGGCUAAACACACAAUAAACAAAAACAACAGAUAAUCGACAAUUUUUCGGCCAAUCUAUAGACAAUAAAUUCACUGGCUGCAGGGGCAGGAGGAGCGCAGGCGGAGCAGCAACAGCAGCAACAUCGCUUUGGAUAUCUUCAACGAAAUCAGAGAGCAACUUUCAAGUUGCCCCGAACGCACCCGUGCACUCUGCCGCACUGUAUGGGGCGCGGUAUCAACGUCCCUUAGCACAGCGCUAACUGCGGCGAGCAUCGAAGCCGGCGACGACCGCGACGACGGCGGAGGUGGAUACGCCGGAGGUGGACACGGUGGAGGUGGCGGUUAUGCUGGUGCUGGCGCCCGCUGGUGCACCACAAUAACAACAACAGCAACAGCAACAUCAUCGAACGGAGCAACUGCAGCAUCAGCGAGCAACGGCGGCGGUCGCUUUGCCACCAUAAUGGGCGCAGUUAAAUCCCGCAGCAUCACCAAUGCCGAUGUCGAUCGAGAUGAACAUCAUCCACAUUCCCAUCCACAUCCACAUCAUCCACAACAGCAGCAACAACCGCCAAACUCCCAUUCUAUGCUGCGUAAUGGCCACCACAGUGCCUCCUCCACCGGCGGCACGCUGCAGAAGCAGGAUCUGCGUUACGACAUCGGCUCCAGCUCCCAGUACCAUCAUGUGCGACAGCCGAGCGUGCGCAGUCGCAGCCAACAGCCGAUGCCCACCACCGAUGAGCUGGAUCGGCGAUUUGCCAAAGUCUUGGCUUCAAUGGAUCUGCCGCCGGAUAAAGCCAAGCUCUUGCGUAAUUACGAUGACGAGAAGAAGUGGGACAUGAUAUGUGAUCAAGAAAUGGUGCAGGCCAAGGAUCCACCCUCCCAUUACUUGAGCAAAUUGCGUACAUAUUUGGAUCCAAAGGCAUCGCGUAGUCAUCGGCUUUAUCUCUUCUACUUUCUUUGCCAGAAACGCAAAAUGGUCGGCGAAUCGACAUCCACUCAGGUGCUGCGGGAUCUUGAGAUCUCGUUGCGUACGAAUCACAUUGAGUGGGUGAAAGAGUUUCUGGAUGAUACGAAUCAGGGACUCGAUGCUCUCGUGGACUAUCUCAACUUUCGACUGCAAAUGAUGCGACACGAGCAGCGUUUGCAGGGCGCCUUGUGCGCCUCCGAGGAGCGCUUGAAUCUCACCAAUGGCCUGGAUGCCAACGAGGUGGUGCUGAGCAACAGCUCGUUGAGUCCCGGUGGUGUUGGUGGCGUCAAUGCCAGCCUAACGAAUGGCUCCCUUCUCCUGGAUGGCUCGCGUCAUCCGUCGGUGGUUGGCCAUGGCAAUCACUCGCAUUCCUAUAGCUUUGUUCGACCCACCAUUGCCGAGGUACUCGACAGUCCCAGUCUGAAGCGUCGAUCGCGUCACAUUGCCAAACUGAAUAUGGGUGCCGCAACGGAUGACAUCCAUGUGUCGAUCAUGUGCCUGCGUGCGAUCAUGAACAAUAAGUAUGGCUUCAAUAUGGUCAUCCAGCAUCGGGAGGCGAUCAACUGCAUCGCAUUGAGUCUUAUACACAAGUCGCUGAGGACGAAGGCUUUGGUCCUGGAGCUGCUGGCGGCGAUUUGUUUGGUCAAGGGUGGACAUGAGAUCAUACUCGGCUCCUUUGAUAAUUUCAAGGAUGUGUGCCAAGAGAAGCGACGAUUCCAGACGCUCAUGGAGUACUUUAUGAAUUUUGAGGCCUUCAACAUUGACUUUAUGGUUGCCUGCAUGCAGUUCAUGAACAUCGUGGUUCACUCCGUCGAGGAUAUGAAUUAUCGCGUCCAUUUACAAUAUGAGUUUACGGCCUUGGGACUGGACACGUAUCUGGAGAAGAUACGGAUGACCGAGUCCGAGGAGCUCAAGGUGCAGAUCUCAGCGUAUCUGGAUAAUGUCUUUGAUGUCGCUGCACUGAUGGAAGAUUCAGAAACGAAAACAUCGGCAUUGGAGCGUGUACAGGAGCUGGAGGAUCAGCUGGAACGGGAAAUCGAUCGCAAUUCAGAGUUUCUGUACAAAUACGCCGAGCUGGAGACGGAGAAUCUAACGCUUAAGGCGGAGCGGGAACAGUUGGCUGUGAUGCGACAACAGCUGGAGGAUCAACUGAAUGCCUUGCAACGCAUGUUGCAACAGAACGAACAGGAGCUGAAGAAGAGGGAUACGUUGCUGCACAACAAGAAUCUGGAGCUGCAAACGUUGUCACGUUCCCUGCCACGUUCCGCGUCCAGCGGUGAUGGCUCCCUGGUCAAUGGCAGCCUGUUGACAGGUACAACCACGGACUCAGCAUCACCACUGCCACCACCACCACCGCCCUUGCCAACAGCAACGGCAGCGGCAGCAGCACCACCGCCACCUCCACCACCAGCGCCACCUGCACCGCCACCGCCACCCAUGAUGCCAGGUCUCAGUCCCCUGGGCAGUCCCAAUGGCAGCGUCAUCUCCACAGUUCCCUCGCCACCCCAUGCACCGCCCAUGCUGAGCUCCUUCCAGCCACCACCGCCGCCAGUUGCGGGCUUUAUGCCAGCUCCGGAUGGCGCCAUGACCAUCAAGCGCAAGGUGCCCACCAAGUACAAGCUGCCCACUCUCAACUGGAUCGCGCUAAAGCCCAAUCAGGUGCGUGGUACCAUCUUCAAUGAGCUGGACGACGAGAAGAUCUUCAAGCAAAUCGACUUUAAUGAAUUCGAGGAGCGCUUCAAGAUUGGCAUCGGUGGUGCUCUGCAUAAUGGCAGCAAUGGCAGCGAGGUAGAUGGCACCCUAUCAUGCUAUCCCAGUAAACGUUUCAAGAAGCCCGAUAAUGUGUCGCUGCUGGAACACACGAGGUUAAGAAACAUAGCAAUCUCUCGUCGUAAACUGGGCAUGCCCAUUGACGAUGUCGUUGCCGCAAUACACAGUUUGGAUUUGAAGAAGCUGUCGCUGGAGAAUGUGGAGUUGCUGCAAAAGAUGGUGCCCACUGAUGCGGAGGUGAAGGCCUACAAGGAGUAUAUUAUUGAACGCAAGGAUCAACAGCUGCUCACCGAGGAGGACAAGUUCAUGUUGCAAUUGUCGCGCGUGGAACGAAUCUCCUCAAAGCUAGCCAUUAUGAACUACAUGGGCAAUUUUGUCGAUAUCGUUCACCUCAUUAGUCCACAAGUGCAAUCGAUUGCCAGCGCCUCAAACUCGCUGAAACAGUCCAGAAAGUUCAAAGCUGUGCUGGAAAUAGUUCUGGCCUUUGGCAACUAUUUAAAUAGUAAUAAACGUGGUCCAGCUUAUGGCUUUAAGCUGCAGUCCUUGGACACAUUAAUUGAUACAAAGUCAACGGACAAGCGUUCUUCUCUGCUGCAUUAUAUAGUGGCGACCAUAAGGGCCAAGUUUCCGGAGCUAUUGAACUUUGAGUGUGAGCUGUAUGGCACGGAUAAGGCGGCAUCUGUGGCGCUGGAGAAUGUUGUGGCGGAUGUACAGGAGCUGGACAAGGGCAUGGAACUAGUGCGAAAGGAGGCCGAGCUGCGUGUGAAGGGCACACAGACGCAUAUACUGAGGGAUUUCCUCAACAACAGCGAGGACAAGCUAAAGAAGAUUAAGAGCGAUCUGCGUCUGGCGCAGGAUGCGUUCAAGGAGUGCGUGGAAUACUUUGGCGAUUCAUCUCGCAAUGCGGAUGCUGCUGCCUUCUUUGCCUUGAUUGUUCGCUUUACACGCGCCUUCAAGCAACUUGAUCAGGAGAAUGAGCAGCGUCGUCGUCUGGAGCAGGCGGCUGCAUUGGCUGCCUCGAAAAAGGAAAGUGAUCAGGUCAUGCUGCGCAACAAGUUCAAUCAGAAGAAGCAACAGUUGCCUACAACUUGCGCACUCUCCUUGCAGGAUGCCGUCAUCAAUGAGCUGAAGAGCAAAACGCAUUCGGUGCGGGAGAAGAAACUGUUGCAGCAGGACGAGGUAUACAAUGGAGCGUUGGAGGAUAUACUGCUGGGGCUCAAGAGUGAGCCGUAUCGACGGGCAGAUGCCGUCAGGCGCUCCCAACGACGACGCAUUGACAAUAAUCGCUUGUCACGCACUCUAGAGGAAAUGGACUGCUAGACUGGUUACCUAGUUGGUCAACUGGUUGGCAGGCAGGAUCAAAUGGAGCGAGGGGGGCAAAGGCAAAAAUCAAAAUUCAAAAAAAAAAUGAAGCAAACAAACAAAAACAAAGAAAAAAUUAUAUUAAUAACGAAAAGUGUAAACGUUUAAGAAUGAGAUACUGCAUUAUGUGAUUGGGCGAUUAAAUUGUUUGGACACACACAUACACAGACACACACACACACACAUUCCCACACCCUUUUCUUGUGCUUUUCUUCGAAUAUAUAUUUAUCAGUUCUAGUUUUUUUUCUUUCAUGCUUUUUUCAAAUCCUAUCUCAAAAUUUCCGGUACUCCCAAUCUAUGAAGUACCCUUCUCUGUGAAUCUCAUGUUAAUGAGAUAAUAAUCAAUCGAUCGCCAAAAUUUUGUAAAAGUACGUUUUAUAUUUGGUUGCAUAGCGAAUAAGUUGAAAAUGUUUACACAGUGUAUUUAUAAAAUUUUAAUUAUUAAAUUAAAGGUCUGUAAAUAUAUGAAAAUAUACAUAUAUGAAUAUUAAAUGAUUGUAAGUUUUUAAACCAAAUUGGAAAUAUUAUUUGCAUCCGAGAUGGCACUAUUUUGUUUUUAAGUUGUAUUUUUUAAAAAUAUAUACACCAUUUAGUUAAGCUUAUGAAUUGUAUGAUGAAAGUAUAAUGCAUUAAAUUGUACAUUUUCUAU